CGACAUUCCUGUUUCGUUAAUAACUUAAAAAAGCCUGGCGGAGAUGCCGGGGCGCCAGGACGCGACACGACCACGUCAACACGUGCUUGCCCCUCCUCCACCGCCACCGCCACCCGUCCAAGGGUAUGCCUUCAAGCCUCCACCCAGACCCGACUUCGGGACCUCCGGGAGAACGAUCAAGUUACAGGCCAACUUCUUUGAAAUGGACAUUCCAAAAAUUGACAUCUAUCAUUAUGAAUUGGAUAUCAAGCCAGAGAAAUGCCCAAGAAGAGUUAACAGGGAAAUAGUGGAACAUAUGGUUCAGCACUUUAAAACACAGAUCUUUGGGGAUCGGAAACCAGUGUUUGAUGGAAGGAAGAAUCUCUACACAGCGAUGCCCCUUCCAAUUGGGAGGGAUAAGGUGGAGCUGGAGGUCACGUUGCCAGGAGAAGGGAAGGACCGCAUCUUCAAGGUGUCCAUCAAGUGGGUGUCCUGCGUCAGCUUACAGGCAUUACACGAUGCACUUUCGGGGCGGCUGCCCAGCGUCCCCUUCGAGACGAUCCAAGCCCUCGACGUGGUUAUGAGGCAUCUGCCGUCCAUGAGGUACACCCCCGUGGGCCGCUCCUUCUUCACGGCGUCCGAGGGCUGCUCCAACCCGCUGGGCGGGGGACGAGAGGUGUGGUUUGGCUUCCAUCAGUCCGUCCGGCCUUCUCUUUGGAAGAUGAUGCUGAAUAUCGACGUCUCGGCAACAGCAUUUUAUAAGGCACAGCCAGUAAUCGAGUUUGUGUGUGAAGUUUUGGAUUUUAAAAGUAUUGAAGAACAACAAAAACCUCUGACAGAUUCCCAAAGGGUCAAGUUUACCAAAGAAAUCAAAGGUCUAAAGGUGGAGAUAACGCACUGCGGGCAGAUGAAGAGGAAGUACCGCGUCUGCAACGUGACCCGGCGGCCCGCCAGCCACCAAACGUUCCCGCUGCAGCAGGAGAGCGGGCAGACGGUGGAGUGCACGGUGGCCCAGUACUUUAAGGAUAGGCACAAGCUGGUUCUGCGCUACCCUCACCUCCCAUGUUUACAAGUCGGACAGGAGCAGAAACACACCUACCUUCCCCUAGAGGUCUGUAACAUAGUGGCGGGACAGAGAUGUAUAAAAAAGCUGACCGACAAUCAGACCUCAACCAUGAUCAGAGCGACUGCCAGGUCAGCCCCCGAUCGGCAGGAAGAGAUUAGCAAAUUGAUGAGAAGUGCCAGUUUUAACACAGACCCGUAUGUCCGUGAGUUUGGAAUCAUGGUCAGAGACGAGAUGACCGACGUGACCGGGCGGGUCCUCCAGCCGCCCUCCAUCCUCUACGGGGGCCGGAAUAAAGCGAUUGCCACCCCUGUCCAGGGCGUCUGGGACAUGAGGAACAAGCAGUUCCACACGGGCAUUGAGAUCAAGGUGUGGGCCAUUGCGUGCUUCGCCCCCCAGCGGCAGUGCACGGAGGUGCACCUCAAGUCCUUCACGGAGCAGCUCAGAAAGAUCUCGAGAGACGCAGGAAUGCCGAUCCAGGGCCAGCCGUGCUUCUGUAAAUACGCCCAGGGCGCAGAUAGCGUGGAGCCCAUGUUCAGGCACCUGAAGAACACGUACGCCGGCCUGCAGCUGGUGGUGGUCAUCCUGCCCGGAAAAACCCCCGUCUACGCCGAGGUCAAGCGUGUAGGAGACACGGUGCUGGGGAUGGCCACGCAGUGUGUGCAGAUGAAGAACGUGCAGAGGACCACGCCGCAGACCCUGUCCAAUCUCUGCCUGAAGAUCAACGUCAAACUGGGCGGCGUGAACAACAUCCUGCUGCCCCAGGGGAGGCCUCCGGUGUUCCAGCAGCCCGUCAUCUUUCUGGGGGCGGAUGUCACACACCCCCCUGCCGGGGAUGGGAAGAAGCCGUCCAUCGCCGCCGUCCCUCGGGAAAACCUUUACUCUUUGGAACACGUUUAUAAAUGCUACAGCCACGCAUUCAGAAGAAUCGUAAAGGUCGUGGGCAGCAUGGACGCCCACCCGAACCGCUACUGCGCCACCGUGCGCGUCCAGCAGCACCGGCAGGAGAUCAUCCAGGACCUGGCGGCCAUGGUGCGCGAGCUUCUCAUCCAGUUCUACAAGUCCACACGCUUCAAGCCCACCCGCAUCAUCUUCUACCGAGACGGUGUCUCCGAGGGGCAGUUCCAGCAGGUUCUUCACCACGAGUUACUGGCUAUCCGAGAGGCAUGCAUUAAGCUAGAAAAAGACUACCAGCCGGGGAUCACGUUCAUAGUGGUCCAGAAGAGGCACCACACUCGGCUGUUCUGCACCGACAAGAACGAGCGGGUGGGGAAGAGCGGAAACAUUCCAGCAGGGACGACCGUGGACACAAAAAUCACCCACCCGACCGAGUUUGACUUCUACCUGUGUAGUCAUGCUGGCAUCCAGGAUUCUACCGUGGGGUGGAAGCACAGCUUCUCUCGGCAGCACCCUUUGCAGAUUCUCACCUACCAGCUGUGUCACACCUACGUGCGCUGCACGCGCUCCGUGUCCAUCCCGGCGCCAGCAUACUAUGCUCACCUGGUGGCCUUCCGGGCCAGGUACCACCUGGUGGAUAAAGAGCACGAUAGUGCUGAAGGAAGCCAUACCUCCGGGCAGAGUAACGGACGAGACCACCAGGCGUUGGCAAAGGCAGUCCAGGUCCAUCAGGACACGCUGCGCACCAUGUACUUUGCUUGACAUGUUUUAGUGUUUACGAUUGUGUACCGAGUUGGAUUCACAUGAGACCAGCUACACUCAGACCAACAAAUGCCCAGCCCUUCCGUGACAGCCAGCAUCGAACAUGAAACGCCAUUGAUUUUAGUAGAUUCUCCACUUUCCAGAAUGCCUUCCGUCCCAGAUUUCAAACUUGGAUUUUGAACUGCAGACCUGUAUGAGACCCCAUUGUCGUAGGAAAUAUGGUUUGCCAAAAUCUUAUAAGCUGCUUAUGAAAAUAGAGUCCCGUGUUUCCUAAAAAUCUCCUAAAACCAGUCUAUGAACUCAGGGCUUUAAAACAUUUUUAAUUUAUUUGGUCGUUCGAUUUACUUGUUUUUAACACAUGAUUCUAUAUGAAAUUGAUGGGCUCAAACUAGCUGUGAACGUUCUGUGAGAGUGAAAGCAACAUAAAACACAUUGUGGUUUUAAAGCCUUGAACAUUC